AUGGCAAGUGAGAGGGAAAAAUUCUUGAUAAGAAACACAUUAAUUUCGCUCUUGAAGGCUGUAGAAGGGAGGGAAACUACGGUGGAGUUACGGAAUGAAAACACCGUCACUGGAAGAGUAGAAAAUGUGGAUUCAUUCAUGAAUAUCGUGAUGACGGAUGUUGUUUUCAAAUCUUACAGAGGGAUUUCACAGAACUUUUCUAGUUUUUUUGUUCAAGGGGCCAACAUUAGAUAUGUUCAUAUUCCGGACGAGAUCGAUAUGAGAGCAGCGAUAGAUUAUGAGGUAAACAAAGAAUGGAGAAUGAAGGCUUCUAUUACUCGUAAAGUGAGGAAAGCUGCCGAGCAGAAAAUUGCGAAGAGACAACUGGAGGCUAAAAAGAGAGAGACCCUGAAGGAAAGGCAGAAAGAGUUCGAGGAGAAGAAAAAAAUAUCCAGAGGAAACUUGAAUAAGACUUGAAAAUUGGAGAAAAUGCAAUGAUGUGAACUGAGAAAGAUAUUGGAUGUUUGUGAAAAGAAUGUUCAACCUAAAGUGAUGAAACUGUCAGAGGUGUUCUGUACAUCUGUGUAUAUUACAUGACAGACACUGAACUGUGGACGUCUUUGUAUAUUAUAGGACAGACACUGAAAUGCAAUUUGAUCUGAAUGUUUUAUUGGACCUCAAGACUGCAACCAUUGGAUCAGGACUCAGAAAAUGCAUAGCAUUGAUAAUGCUUGAUUGGUGUUAUCGUCUUAAAUCACUUUAGGGAAAAGGAACUGUCAGGGUUUAUUUCUUGUGGUUUAAUAAAGUAAAUAAAAAGUAAAAUCCUGCCUCUGUUUAUCCACA